UUUUACCAAUAAGAAAAAGUAGGUUUAAGGGAUUAUUAGAAGACAAGUGUCCCUUUAAGGAAGUUUACUAUGAAAUCUCCUGAGAUUUCAGUGAAGAUGAGAUCACAGCAAAACAAUGAACAAGCUUAGCACUGCUGAUGCUGAUUAGCUAUUUUUUUCUAAACUUGCAGAUGGACAGAAGCUAUAACUGUUCACAGAGCACUUACUCUGGUCGCGAGGUAAUCAACAGUAAACACCAGGAAGAUGAAGGCGCCGGGGCACCACCGUAUUCGCAAGAGUUUAAGCUGGAACAGGAGAAGCUGUCCGGGGUAGUGAAAAGUGUGCACCGUCAGCUACGCAGGAAAUACAGAGAAGCUGGUGAUUUUGAAAAGAUUUGGCUGGAGCACUGCCGAGAUGAAGGAAGACUUAGUGAAUAUGCUGUAGCAAUGAAAAACUUAGCAGAUAAUCACUGGGCAAAAAAGUGUGAAGGUGAAGGUCGUAUUGAAUGGUGUCUUGGUGUGUGCCAAGAGUAUUUUUUCAAUGGAGGAAAGAGAAAAGCAUUGGAAAAAGAUGCACGCAGGGCUGCUUUAAACGACACUCCAAACUCUCCAAAGUGUCAUGAAGUUUUAUUUGCUAAUUUAGGGCUUUCUGUCAAAACUCCAGAUCAUGAAUUUCAUCUCCCGGGAAAAAUACGGUUACUUGAUGUUGGAAGCUGUUACAACCCAUUUUUAAAGUAUGAAGAUUUCUUGGCUGUGGGUAUUGACAUUAUCCCUGCUGUUGAGACCGUAUACAAAUGCGACUUCCUUAACCUGCAAAUACAGCAACCUCUUCAGCUUGCACCUGAUGCAGUUGAUGCCUUCCUGAUGCACCUUAAAAGUCCUAUUGAUUCUUUGCCUGCUGAACUUUUUCAUGUGGUUAUUUUCUCCUUGUUACUUUCAUACUUUCCGUCAUGUUACCAGCGUUGGAUUUGCUGUAAAAAAGCCCAUGAACUCCUUGCACUGAAUGGUUUGCUGCUCAUUAUCACCCCAGAUUCAUCCCAUCAAAAUCGUCAUGCCGUGAUGAUGAAGAGCUGGAAAAUAGCAAUUGAAUCUCUUGGCUUUAAACGUAUGAUUUAUUCAAAGUUUUCUCACAUGCAUCUAAUGUGUUUUAGAAAAACAUCACUUAAAACAACAAGUGACUUGCUUACUAGGAACUAUCCCGAUAUGUUGUAUAUUCCUCAAGAUUUCAAUUCUUUUGAGGAUGAUGAAUAUUGUAGCCCUUGUUACACACGUUCUGAACUUGAAGAUGAACAGGUAGCAUGUACUUUUACAGAGCUACCGGACACUCCUUACGAUUCAGACGCUGAAGAAAAUCAAUCCAACUCAAUGCCUUUCUAUGAUAUGGAGGACCCCAUACUGCUAUUCAGCUAGGAUCAUCUGGAUCUGCCUAAAGCCUAAGAGGCUUUAAUGCCAAAAUUACAAUCUUAAAUGGGCAGUAAACCUAAACAAUAAUGUU